AGUCGUCAGUUGGUUAGUCACGCCAGACGCGUUAAGACGUGUUCUUGGUUUACUGCCGCUCGGAUUCCGUAACUUUCGAUUUCCCCAUAACAGGGCAAAAUUGCAACAUUCGCAUUGCCGUGCCUUGAUAUUAAGCAAUUUCGAAAAAUUCGUGCGAUGUUUUAACUAUCAGUUUUCUCGAAUUUUUUCUUGAUUUUUGUUGCGUUAACAAUGCUCUCGAUGGAAUCAUUAUGGUGUAGUUCGGAGUCGGAACUGUCGACCCUGAGGAUGUGCAAAAGUGUGGAGAGAUCGGAGUAUAGAUUUAAGAGGAAGCCUUCGAAAAGUUUGAUACCUCAAGCUCUUUUACACGCGGAGCCGCAACCGCAGCUUCGUCAUCAUAGACAUCGACGAUCAGGCACUUGGCCGCGGACGAGGUCCCUGAACGCGCCUUCACCCAUCCAGCAGUUUGGACCAUGUGGAAGAAUAAUGAAGAACUCUGCAAUGGUUAUGCAGAUCCAAGACCCGGCGUCCCAGAGACUGACGUGGUACAAGCCGCCGUUGACUGUUCUGGUCAUCAAGAAGAUACACGACGCUACCAUCAUCACACCAUUCGUACAAUUAGUACACUGGCUUGUUCAUGACAAAAGUAUGGUGGUAUUCGUGGAGGCGUCUGUGCUAGAAGAUAGGAUACUUUCAGAAUAUGGGAACUUCAAUGCGGUAAAGGAGAGAUUGAUGACGUUCCGCGCAGGCACGGAUGACCUCACUGAUAAAAUUGACUUUAUCAUUUGUUUGGGUGGUGAUGGGACCUUGUUACACGCUAGCUCAUUAUUUCAGCAAUCUGUACCACCGGUGAUGGCAUUCCACUUGGGUUCGCUGGGUUUCCUCACGCCUUUCGAAUUCAAUAAUUUCCAGGACCAAGUUAUGAAUGUUUUAGAAGGUCACGCGGCGUUAACAUUACGCUCCCGUCUUCAAUGUGUGGUGUUAAGAAAGAGAACGGAAGACAAAGACAAGAAGAAGCCCACGACAAUUCUGGUGCUGAACGAAGUAGUCGUGGAUAGGGGUCCUUCACCCUAUAUCUCUAAUAUCGAUCUCUUUUUGGAUGGAAAACAUAUUACCUCGGUGCAGGGAGAUGGUCUUAUAGUGUCCACCCCAACUGGUAGUACAGCAUACGCGGUGGCUGCAGGUGCGAGUAUGAUCCACCCAUCGGUGCCUGCCAUCAUGAUCACGCCCAUCUGCCCACAUUCGCUCUCUUUCCGACCCAUAGUGGUUCCAGCUGGAGUUGAACUCAAGAUUUCCUUAUCCCCCGACGCAAGGAAUGCAAUGUGGGUAUCUUUUGAUGGAAGAAACAGACAAGCAUUACAGCAUGGCGAUAGUUUAUACGUAACAACAUCAGUGUACCCUGUGCCGUCAAUAUGCGCACAGGACCAAAUAUCGGAUUGGUUCGACUCACUCGGCGAAUGCCUUCAUUGGAAUGUGCGAAAGAAACAGAAGCAAAUGGACGAGCUUAGUGACGUCACGCACUCCUCUAGCGACACGCUUGACGACAUAGAGAAUAACCACGACGAGAGGCCAUGUGACACGUGACAGUUGACAAUUACCUCUGUACAAACUCUGACAAUAUUUUUACGAUUUUUUAUCUGUCAUUAAAUUUGCGGGAAAGACUGUUCAAUGUGUGUGAUGCUAGUUAUAUGUUAAAACCAGAUUUAUCUAUAGCAAGUGUAAACUUAAAGUUUAAUUUUGGCUUUUUAAACUGGAAAUGUUAUUAAAUUGUGCAAUAUCGAAAUUAUGUUUUAGCGACAUCUGUGCUGACAUUCCUGUAUUAUUAUUUAAAUAAAUUAUCCCAAAUAAUAAGUAGUUUUUGGGGAAAGGUAUCAUGCAAUAAAUAAAUACUUUAUAUAAAAUCUCUAAGACCGCUAAUAAAGUCGUAAAAGAUUUUAAGGUGCUGUCAAAUCAACCUUACUUUUUCUAAAUAAGGUUUAAUCUCUUUUGAGUUUCUCACAUAAAAUUGUCUAUACUAUCGAUACAAUCGUAAAGUCGUUUAGCACCGUCAUGUGUAUGUAUUCAAUAAUGAAUCUUAACCUUUGUGAAAUAAGGUUUUAUUUCACUCUAUAGUUCUUGUGUCUUUAAAAAUGGUCGCGAUAUUUCAGAUUUCUAUUUCGCCGACGCCUUUAUAGACUUUUUUUAUAGUUUUGCUGUGGUGCUUUCCGUAACUAUGUGUGCCAAGAAAAUAUGGAUAAAUCACAAUAUUUGUAAUUGCACAAAAAUGUCUGAAAAUGUGAUGGAAAUUUUUAUUAUCUUGUUUAAUGUACAAAGUGUUUGUUACAGCAUUUUGUUUCAAAAUAAAUAAAUAUUGAAUAUAAA